GCCGCCGAUCAAUCGCCGUUCGGUCGCUGUUGGUGGAUUGUUAGGCGUUAUUGUUGCCGAGUUCUUGAUUAUACAUUUGAGUAAUACGUCGCAGUUCCUCGGUGGCCGCUACUGGAAGGAAUUGAUUCCUGUUAGCUUUGCUUUUAUCUGAGCGAAACCAGCCCAAUUAUGACGAUUCUCACGAAAGCCAUUGGAGGGGAAAAAACGGUAACGGCGGCUUCGGAUAAAAUGGAGCAGCCAUUGGUUGUCGAGGAAAAUCCAAAGGACGAGUCUAAGAUUGAUUUGGAGUCUCAAACUACAAAGAGGAAAUGCAUUGGGCACUACCUAAUUUUGGAAAAUCGAGUUCUUCGACCAAAUGCCAUGACGGCUCUUUGUUUGGCAGCAAUGCUUGUAGUCAGCAUUGGUAUGAUAAGCGGGGUAUUUAUCUACAGGCAAUAUGGACGAGCGCAGAUGCAUAGAUUACGUACUGGCUGGUAUAGCAUUCCAUACGACAACUCGAUCAAGUUGCCUUAUGCUCAUAAUCAAAUACCUCUGACACUUUUGACUCAUCAUGAUGAGUACCCUGAAAUGCCUAAUCUGGAUGACAUUUUAAAAGAACAACAUGAAGUCAUGCAAGCAGCUAAUAGUUUCCGUUCUAUAGAAUAUCCAGUUAAAGGUUUCUUUAAAGAGCGCUUUGAAAUUGAUCUUGAAAAUGGGGAUUAUGAAAAGAUUGAUGUUCCUGACUUCCGUGGAGGAAGACAAGGCCGUUUCAUUCAUGAUUUCUAUAAUAAUAAAACUGGUAUCAUUGAUAUAGACAGACGUUGUUGCUUUGUUAUGCCAUUGAAUCGCCAACGUGUAUUACCACCAAUUAAUAUGUUUGAUCUUCUAAAUAAAAUGUACCAUGGCUAUUACGACGUAAAUACUGAAGUUGUGCAAGAAACUAUGAGAGUCGUAACACCUCCAAUUACUGAUAUGUCUAGUGUUGGACCUUAUAUUUCCCAAGAAUGCCAAGAUUUACCAACGUACAUGUUGGAGAAAGUAAACAAUAGUAAUGUAUUUAAACGUAGCGCAUCAGGUGGUAUGUUUGGUCAGUUUGCUGGGAGGAAUAUCUUGGAACUUAAUAUUUUAAAUUUAGAAGAUGUACUCCCGUCCGAUGGUCAAAAGUUAGAGGGGAAGAAGUAAUUUUUCGUUUUUCCAUUACUUUACAUAUCAAUUUAGAAUAACUGAGAAUAUAGGUACAUGUUUUCUCUUAAGGCUAUGGCGAAAUUAAUACACCUUAUAUUUAUGUCAUACUAAUACCAGAGAAAAUUCUGUCAACUGUUAAAUUCCAUGUUGGCAAAUUCAUUUUGUGUAGAAUUGCCGCCCGGUAUGAGAUCGAACGGAUGAAUUGCCAACAGAGUAUUACACUUGAGUGUCCAACUGCAGUUGAUUGGACCAGUUAACAAUACAACCUUAAAAACAUUAAAUUAAAAAUCAGCAGUGUUUUGUUGUCUUUCAGCUGCGAGUGGUAGGUUUAGUUUGCCAUAGCCUUAAAAGUCCUUAGAUAUUUUAGCACCCAUAUGAUUCAUAUUAUCAGGAUGUUUAUAAGUUAAUUAUCUUCUCUAUUUUCCUUGCCAAGAAUUUAUACAAGUACACUUUUUAUUAUACACUUGUUAUUUUAAGUUCCUUUAAUCAAGGCCAAGUAAUGGAUAAACUAAACCACAAAAGAGAGGGUUAUGAUAAGAGAGAGGAUAUUUACUCUUUGUGCUAAGAUUUAAAGUAUGGCCUAAUCGAAACAGUGUUUCAAUGUGAUUACUUCUAUGUAAAAGAUGCUAAUUCUUAUGUUGAUCAUAAAUAAUCGCUUUUUUGAGAAAGGGAACAAAGUCAGAAAUCUUUAAUACCUUAAUCACGUCAUUCUGAAAAAAAAGAAACUUUCGUCCCUUCAAUAUUCCGUCAAUUAUAUGACAAAUGUUAUUAAAGUUUCAAUUUACGACAUACGUAUUUGUUACAUAUGCCUAUUUCAUCACUAAAAACAUGUUUAGUGCACACGUACAUAAAGAUUUGGUAUGAACAGUACAACUAUUCGUGGUUGAAUUGAAAAGAGGUGUAUCGAGUCGCACAUUCCAAUCAGUUGCAGUGACAAGAUAAAUAGUAACAAUUCAUGAUAUUUGUGUAUUUUGAAGUUGAUGAUAUUUAAAGGGUUUUUUCCAUUUUACUUGCAAUUAUUAACUCCUCACAUCAUUAAACGUAGUAUAAAUGGAACGUGUUUCUUCAGAACAAAUUUGCUCGUUUCUGGUGUUCCUCCUUAUAUUAACACUUAGUAAAUAUUACAUUGUUUUUCAAAAUAGUAAAGAAGUACUCCCUAAUCCUGUUUUGUUUAAAACACAUUUACAAAUAUUAGUUCCUGUUGCAUGCAUUUUUGUAUUUACUAUUAUUAUUUUGAAUUAAAAUUUUUCUUUUCAUCCGUCAUUUUAAUUUUGACAGAUGAUCUGUUGAGAAUACAAAACAAAAAUAAGUGUAUUGUGUGUACAAUUUUGUUUUAAAUACAGAACAAUUGAAAAAUAAAUUAAAUCGACCCAAUUUUAUAAAUAUAAACAACUUGAUGAUCAAUAUGGUAGAGCAGUCUAAAACAAUGACUGGGGCAACGUAAUAUCUUCCAAUUAAACCAAAGCCACAAUUCUUUCGUUGUUAGAAGUUGUUAUUCGAUAUUUAGUUCGUAAGUACAUAUAUGAAAAUUGUAAAUUCCUAUAAUAAAUAAAAGAAAUAUA